AUGUUGUCAACGACCUCCAAGUGGCGCCACCUGUUGUCUCCGGUAGAAUGUUGCAGUUCAUUUGAACUCGCCUAUUCUAACGAUUUGCAUAAGUGUGUUUUUGUUGUUUCAGUGUAUGAAUUCAUCGUCUCAUCAUCGGCUAUUGCGAGAAGACCAGGUAGCAAUCUUAGACAGACACGACAUAUACCUAGCAAACAGCACAUGGAAUCCAUUUUCACCAGCCUUCCGGAGAAAAUAAACGUUUCUUUCUGGGAUUAUUUCCGAAAACUAGGUAAUGGCGACUGGACUCAAAGACCUAUGGAUAUUAUACGAAAAUUUGAUCAAGAAGUCAUUCGGCUUUCGAAUAGUGCAGGAAAGGGAAAGAUUCAACAGUAUCUUAAUCCGUCUAUAUACAAAAACCUAACUUAUCAGAGAAAGGAUAAACCAGUGGUAGAUAGCAUGAGUGUGUUACUCAACGUUCUUCUACAUGAGCUUCACAGACCUGGGUCCAUUAGCCACAAUUCUGUACCACCAUCUGACACUACAAAUCGAAAACUUCCGAACGAUAGCUGUGAACGGACCAAACGCGAAUCGCAUUUGUUUCUAAGUAAUAACACCUCUUUAGAAAAAGAUGCAUAUCAAAAUGCAUCACUUCAUGAAAAACAAAACGUAUCUGGUCUGACUGAUGACAACGAAAGAAUUACAAUUUUGCCAUUGACUGAAUCCGUUCAAGCAAAUGAAAGUUCUUCAAAACCAACGAGAGACGUCACAAGCAGUAGGGUUAAGAUAGUCAGGAAGUCACGUCGUCGUGCUUACAGAUCUAGAGUCAUUACUCCAAAAAGGAAAAAGAAGUUGGAAUGCCAGACCAUAGUGGCAUGUAUCCAUCCCUACAUAUCGUACCUGGCAGGCACCAUAAUGUUUAUCCUAGUAGUCUAUCUCAUUAUAGUGUUUGGCAAAUGUGUAUGUGACGACUCCUUCUAG